GCUUUUCCGCAUGACGUCACUUCAUCAACAAGCCGCGUAUAAAAGGUCGGUUAUCAGUGUUAGCUAAACUUCGUUCUGGAAAUGAUUCUUCAGUUGAUGAUCGCGUGUUGGUUUGGGUUUGGGGUUACCAGCACCGCCCCCCUUAAUUCUAAGGGCCCUUUCGCCCCUUCCCCACCAGGCGUCAGACCACCUUGCGCAGCAAAAAGCGCAACCUUCUGUGAAGAGGUAGAAAAAUAUCCCGCGAAAUUGAUACAAAAAUUGCUACAAGCUGCACCUCUUCACAUGUACGAUUUGUUCACGGAUGAAAGCGAAGGAUUAGAUGAACCACCGGAAUACAUCUUGCACCAGGAGAUGAAAUCAGUUACUGAUGAACCGGAAAUCAGCCGGAAAAUAAGGUCCACCGAUAAAAGAUCAAAAUCAAACGUCACAUCAUCAGAUGAUUUGGCGACGAAUUGUCCAGUAAUCCGCAAACAAGCUUCGCCAAAAUUAGCUGCCAACAUUCAUGGUGAAUGGAAAGUCAUUGCGCAAGGGGAAGAAAUAAAGUUCACGCAGAAAAUUCCAGUGAAGAUCUGCGACCAAAGUGAAAUGUGCCAAAAGUCCUGUACGCAGUUCUAUUCUCUUAUUACACUGCUUGUCGUUGACAGUAGCGGAACGAUGGAUGAGGAUACCUUCUGGAUGCCAAGUUCCUGCUAUUGCACGUCCAGCCCUUCAAAUAUGCCGUGAAAACAUUUCAUUGCAGUGUACUAAAAUAAACGAAACGUAAACGCAUCAUUUAGUAAUUGGAAAACUUGUUUUACGAUUUUUGUAUGUACAAAUUAUAUACUACUUCAAAUAUAUUAAGUGCUUUUUUGAGAACUCUCAGUAACGUCCCUUUGCCAUUGUUUCUAAAUAGAAUUUAUUCUAUUUUAAAAUAUUUAUAGAUUUUAGAACUGAAGACUUUCUUUGCUACAACAAGUUGCAAAUUAGUGACCAACGCUCUAUUUUUCUGCAGCUAUAACUGUAGUAAAAUGAAGGGUUUGUUUUUUGAGCCAAAUUUAUUUAAUUAUUUUUAUUACAUUUUACCUAUUUUUCAUUUCAUAUACGUGUAAAUAUGCCAUUACAAUGUAAAUAUGUCAGUCAGUUUUUAAUAAAAUUUAUACUUGUAAA